GUCUCAGUACCCUGCAUGACGAUUACUUAUAUCGGGAGGACUUUACAAAGACCAGAUUUGAGAACCUUCUGUAAAUUCAUCUGAUCCACUCUAUCAAAUGCCUCUUCAGUACUGGUGUUAAGAAGAACGAAGAGUACCUUGUACCGCCUGGCAUCACAUAUGGCGUGGACGGACCCGAACUGUAUUCAAAAAUCCCAGUAGGAACUCUGAGGGAAACGUCAGAUCACAGAAUUAUAAAGAGGUCAUGCAUCGCUCUUCAGGAGAAAACCCUAUUAACUUGAAUGUACAUCCAGGACUUCACUCUACGUAUCUUUCAUGUAAUCCUCCUAAUCAUGAGGAAUCUUCUAAUCUACCACAGAUUGGUACAUGUCCAUAUCUGUCAGGGAAUCCUCCUAAUCAGGAGGAACCUUCUCCUGGCCAAUCACAGAUCGUUACCACAAAUACAAGAAAGAAAGGAGGUAACGAGCUUUAUUGUGGAGAAUGUAGAAAGGAGUUUACAAGCUAUGCUAGUUUUUCUGUACAUAAAAAAAAGCACACAGGAGAGAAGCCACAUUCAUGUUCAGAAUGCGGGAAAUGCUUUAUGAUGAAAUCAACUCUUGUAAGACAUUUGAGAGUUCACACAGGGGAGAAACCGUAUUCAUGUUCAGAGUGUGGAAAAUGUUUUGCAGAUAGAUCUGCUCUGUUUGUACAUCAGAGAAGUCACACGGGAGAGAAGCCAUAUUCAUGUCCAGAAUGUGGGAAAUACUAUGUAGAUAAAUCAUAUAUUAUUAAACAUCAGAAAAUUCACACAGGGGAGAAACCAUAUUCAUGUUCUGAAUGUGGGAGACGUUUCUCAGAAAAAUCAAGUCUUGUCAUGCAUCAGAAAAUUCACACAGGAGAGAAGCCGUAUUCAUGUUCAGAGUGUGGGAAAUGUUUUAGAAAUAUAUCAGCUCUUGGGAAACAUGAGAAAGUUCACACAGGAGAGAAGCCAUUUUCAUGUUCAGUAUGUGGAAAAUGUUUCACGGAAAAAUCAAGUCUUGUUAUACAUGAGAGAGUUCACACAGGAGAAAAACCUUUCUCAUGUGUAGAAUGUGGAAAAUGUUUUGCAAGUAGUUCACAUUAUUCAACACAUAAGAGAUAUCACACAGGAGAGAAGCCAUAUUCAUGUUCAGAAUGUGGGAAAUGCUUCACAGAAAAAGCCCAACUCCGUGUACAUCUGAGCACUCACUCAGGCGACAGGCCGCAUCAGUGUGCCGUAUGUAAAAAAGGCUUUGCAACUAAAUCAAUACUUAGUAGACAUGAAAAAAUUCACACAAAGACAUCCGUUUGAGGAUUUUUUUUUUAAUAAGAACUAUCAAUAAAUCCCAUUGUCUGAAAGAAUACUAUGGGCUGUAGAAGACUCUGCUUCGUAAUAUGUUGUCUCUCUACCAGCUGGAUGCCACCACUCCCCCCAUGCUUCACCACUCUGCCCCUUUAUUGAUUGAUACCUUUUAAUUGCGAACUGAAAAACAUUACAAAAUUGCAUUUUUUUAAAACUACUCUGAUCUCUUCAGAUACUGUGCCCUAACGUGUCUGAAGAAGUCACAUACUUAUGCACAAAAUACAUUGGAAUAGCGAGGUUGGUGAGACAAGUGAUGUAGAGCAGAUGACUAGGAGCGGACCAGUUGUAGCAGUAAAUUGGGUUGCAAAAUCCAUGACAAUAAUUCCUGAUCUGAGUGCGUCAAAGGUUGUCAUGAGCUUGUACUGCCAGAUUGUCCUGCUCCUCUGAGAUUUUAUAUUCGCUUUUAAUAUCAGAACUUUCAUGUCUGUAAUGAUGUAGUCAUAACUAUAGGAAUGUUUUGGUACAGGUGGAAGACCUUUCCUUUUUUCUUUUGCGUUGCGAUGAGCUCUUUAUUCUUCUUCUAAGCCUCUGAAGACUAUAUCGCGUUUGGCUCUAGUGGAGGACACAAUAGUGCUCACCAAGACUGGCGUUGAGUUGGCUUGGUGAUCGCACAUAUCCACAGAAGACCAGCAACGCAACUGGAAGUAAAAUGAUGCCACGAUAUGCAAAUACAUUACACUGGCGAUAUCAUAAUCAUUCCGACUGGAUUUAAACAACAACUAAGAACGUUCCAGGAAAGCUCAUCAUUUUCAUCCCACCAUCAAUUCCCCUGGUACCUGACGAAUUGUAAGACCAUACACAAUGACCACUAAUGAUACAGAUACCCAAUACAUAUCAGGAUUAUGAGAUCCCAGGUACCUUCACCUCCACCAUGCCAUAUGCGAUCUACUUCAUGAAAAUGACUAGAGAUGAUCGAUUCGACUUCGGAUGCUACAUCCGAAGUCACUUCGCUAAAAAAUUUGUUAUAAUACUGUACGGAGAUCCUUCUAAGUACAGUAUUGGAAUGUACUGCCUCUGAUGAUGUGAAAGCUGUUAUUCACCAAGUGUCGCGUGACUGUUGAAUAAUGUUGGUAAUUGAUUACUACAGCAAAAAACCUUGGAACCAAACUCUGCUUCGUUUUAAAGUGGGUUUUCACUGUAAUAAUCAAUUACCGAAGUUAUUCACACGUGACUUCCUGAAUAACAGACUUCGUCUCAUUGGAGGGAGUACAUUCUAAUGCUGUACGGAGAAGGAUCUCCGUACAGCAUUAUAACAAAUUUUUUUGCGAAGCGGCUUCAGAUGUAGCAUCCAAAGCUCGCUUCGCUUAUCUCUAAAAAUGACCUACUGGGGUCUUCAUGUAGAUGAAACUGGUCAAAAGCUUAGAAUAAGAAUGAACUCUCAUCGCCAGAGCAAGGAAAGACCUACCUGUACCAAAGCAUUUUUACAGACAUGAUGAUCUUGAUAUUAAAGGGGAAUUUUAAAUCUGAGAGGGACAGGAGAACGUAGGAACACAAUCUCAUGAAAACCUUUGAUACACUCUGAUCAGGAAAUAAUGUGUCACAUGGAUUUAUGUUUAUGAAUUUGCUCCUCAGAUCUCUUGGGUUCAUCAUUAUGAUUCUCUGUAGCUGCCGCACCAGUUUCCUCCACCGUACAUAUUGGUCGGUCCUUCAUAAUUGUCUCCUCUUCCUCACUAUUCCUCUGUCCUUUUGUGUAUAAAUCUACGACUCUUCAGAUACUUGUCAUCUGAUGAAGGGACUUGAGUGGUCUUGUAAGCUUGCCGUUUUGCCAUCUUUUCCAUUAAGAGGUAGCUGCUACUAAUGAAUCUCCUUUUUAUAUUGGCUUAAUGAUGUCAUUGAGAAUUAUGAAAUUUUAGGGUGGUCGUCAAUUUAAGUAUAACCUCCCAAGCUGAUUCUUUUUUCUCCUGCCUCCAGUUGAAACAUAUUAGGCAGAAACUGAGUAUAUCGAGAGAAGAUAUAAUCCCUGUAUCAGGAAUAUGUCAGAUGGUGACAAGCCUCCCCCUCGGUUUCCUUGUUUGUUGUACAGUAUUUUAUAUGAUGUGCGUGUCACCUCCUCCUGGUGUAUAAAUGACAACCCCAAUUCCCAAAAAGUUGGGGCAAUGUGUAAAAUGUAAAUAAAAACUGAAUGUGAUGAUUUGAUUCUCCUAGACCCAUAAUUUAUUCACAGUAGACCUUAGAUUGUCAGCCCCACAGGGGACAGUGUGAUAUGAUAUUUAUGUCUGUAAAGCGCCG